CACUUUUUGUGUGCGUCAUUCUCCCACAAAAAAACAAUGGCGUCGCACGGAGGAGAUGCGGGUUCCUCUAAGCCCGUAGCUUCUUCUGAGGAGCAGCAAGGAGAGAGAAAAACAGCGGCCGUGUCGUUUGGUUUCACCAAAACAGCCAGUAAAUUUAAACCGUUGACCGGCGACGCUCAGAUUAAGAAAGUCGACAGAGAUUACCUGACUGGAAUUGAUGGAAAUGAACUGCAAAGUUCAAAACCAUCUGAGAAACCCAAGGAGCUCAUCAUCCCGCUGAUCCAGAAGAACCGCUGGCAUCGAGCGGGCAAGAACUCCGAAAAUGGAGGCAAAACACAGGACACGACCCAAGAUAACGACUCUGUGGAGUCUCAGGCUGUUAAGGAGCUUAUUGAAGAUUCACGGAGGCAGCUUGAACUGUGGCAAAAUGGCCCUAAGUCAGAGAGCCUCAAUCUAAGUAUCCCCCUGUUGAUGCAAAACAAAGUGCCAGAAGGCUUUGAGGAUGGAGACCAUGUAAAGGUGGACCUGAGGCCUGAAUCCUCAACAGAGGCAGAUUAUGAGCGUGUUCCUGUCCAGGCUUAUGGACUUGCAAUGCUUAAAGGGAUGGGUUGGAAGAAGGAGGAAGGCAUUGGACGUACCUUUAAACAAGAUGUGCAGCCAAUCGAACACCAGCUGCGUCCAAAAGGGUUGGGUCUUGGAGCAGAUCGUUCGGCAAUAAAGGACCUGGAGCCCAGUAGACAUAAGCGUCCCCCAAAGCCAGGCGAGGAGCAAGGAAAGGAGGAGGAACUAGUGAUGGGUCCUGGGGGUUGUGUGCUGGUGCAGUCGGGGCCACAUAAAGAUCUCUAUGGCAAGAUAGAAGGUGUUGAUCCAGACAAUGCUCGAGUCGUGGUGAAGCUGGCUAUUGGCAACAAGACUGUGACAAUAAGCCAGUAUGCCAUUAAACUGGUGGAGCGCAAAGAAUAUGAGAAAUACAGCAAAGACCUCAGUCGCCUCAGCAAAGCCCACAAAGACAAGGAAAAGGAGAAAGAGAAGGAAAAGGAGCGAGAGAAGGAGCAUCAGAGGCGGGAGGAGAAAGAGAGGAGUAGUAACAGCGACAAGAUAAAACACAAGUCCUCAGAAAGAGAGCGAGAGAAAGACGACAGGAAGAGGAAACACAGAGAAUCAAGUCAGGAAAGAGAUAAGCCUCCGGUGAAAGAAGCAAGGCAACCACCGGCUCCCCCCUCCUGGCUCCAGAGAGACCUGAAAGUUCGGUUUAUAGACAAAAUGUUCAAAGGGGGCAGGUACUACAAUUCAAAGAUGCGAGUGGAGGAUGUCUUGACACCGUCUACCUGUGUGUGCCGAACUGAAGAGGGAAGACUGUUAGACGAUGUGAAGCAGGACAUGCUGGAAACCAUUGUCCCAAAAAGUGAAUACGAUUCUGUAAUGGUGGUGCUGGGUGAGCACAAGGGACAGGUUGGCCGUAUUCUUCAGCGAGACAAGAACAAGUGCAGGGCGAUGGUCCAGCUCGACAGAUACGAGGACAAAGUGUUCACAUUGGAGUAUGACUCCAUUUGUCACUAUGUUGGAGCAGCAGCAGAUCACUGAUUUUCUGAUGUUUACUGUAAUAUUCUGUCCUUUUUCCACCCAUUUCAUCUCACCUGUUGUAUUUUGUAAUAUUCAAGUAUAAUGGAUUUUAAAACAUUGCAAUUUUGUAAUAAAACCUUGUCAA